AUGUUAAUUCGACUGCUCACAACAAAAUCAAAAUGGCCUGCUCUGUUAGAAAAGUGCAACGGAGAGCUCGAGGCCAAGCAGUUUUACGAGCUUUUGUCCUACGCCAUUACUUCAGGCGUCUUAGCCCACGACUCGUUCGUCUCAAGCAAGCUCCUCCUUCGCUCUCUCCCUCACGGUCUCGGCUUUUCUCUCGCCCUUUUCUCUCAGAUUCAAAACCCAAAUGUCUUCGCCUGCAAUUUCAUCUUCAAAGCCUACUCUGACAGCUCCUCCCCACAAGAAGCUCUUUAUCUCUACAACUUCAUACGUCGUCGUUUUCCCCAUCUCCUACCGGACAACUACUCCUUCCCUUUCCUCUUCAAAGCGUGCAGUCGUCUCCAGCUUCCCCACAAAGGCCAAGAGCUUCACGCUUUGACACUCAUUCUCGGACUGCAUGACGACGUUUUCGUUCAAAAUGGCCUCGUCUCUAUGUACUCUGCGUGUGGCCUACUUGACUCUGCUCGCAAAGUCUUCGACUUGAGCCAUCGCAACUGGGAUGCCCUCCAGGUGUUUGAGGAAAUGCUCAGUGUUGGGUCUACGAGGCCCGAUAAGGUGACUUUGGUCAGUGCUCUCACUGCGUCUGCGAGGUUGGGUUCUCUUGGUUUGGGGAGGAAAAUUCAUGGGUUGGUGCUUGGAAGUGGGUUUGCAUUGGAUGUCUUCCUGGGUUCGUCUUUGAUCCACACAGAAAUGUUGUGUCUAUUUUGUAGAUACACACUCAAAGAUCAUCUCUAUAGUGGGUUUGCAUUGGAUGUCUUCCUGGGUUCGUCUUUGAUCGACAUGUAUGCUAAGUGCGGGCGCAUGGAUGAUGCUCGAAAGGUUUUCGACAGAGUUCCACACAGAAAUGUUGUGUCUAUUUUGUAG